AUGCAUGACCAGGAGCGCCAUCACUUGUUCGUAGUUCACAGAGCAGCUCGGAAGAGAUUUGAAUCCACAGCGAUGGAGCGCCGUUUUCUCCUCCUCCUUUUCGUCGCCUUUGCGGUAGGAGUGGCUGAAGGCAGAUGGAAAAAAGGAAAACGCUCUGAGUGCAUUAACGAAUUCAGCGGGACUGAAGGAGUUAUAACCAACGCCGAUCUGACAACGGAUGCGACUUGCAAAGUUGUCCUCAUUAAGAUCGAUGCAGGAGAGCCAGUAACUUUUUCCUGCUCUAAAUUCAACUUCACCAGCGGCAAUAACUCUUACUGUAUGAUAGUCUCCACCAAAGGAAAAGGGGGAAAGAGAGGGAAUGGAAAGGGGGGAAACAAUAAAGAUGAUGAUCCCGGGCGCCCUAGGAGAGGCAGAAGGAGUGUAGGCGAUGGGACCGACGAGGAAACGGCGCAAGGACUUCUGGCCAAUGCCCUUCUCAGGGGACCGCUAAGCCAACAUUUCCUGAACCGCGAGAAGAGGCAUAGAAAUCUCUUCGGAGGAGAAUCAAUGGAAAACGGAAAAGAAUCAAUGGAAUCUCAUGGAAGGAGAAGGGGCAGGCGGAAUAGAGGCAGGGGUAAAAAAGGCCAAAAAUUUUGUGAUGAUGCCCCAACAAAUGUUGAAAUAUCAAAGGGUACAGCAAAAAUCAUGCUCGUGCCAAAUCGGCGGAGGAAAGACCGUGGCGCGGACUCGACUCCAGUCCUCGACGUCGUGGCGUUUGAAUGCAGCUGGGAAGCGAAUUAAACAUCUGUUUGCCUUGUUCUCAGUAGCUUUAUGACACUGAGAUUUGUUUACAUAAUUUAUUUGAAUAGCAUUAUUUUCAGCUGACAUAACUUUACAUCGAUGUCUCUAUGUAUUACUUCAUAAUUUUAAUCUGAAUGUAUGAAUAGUACGACAGAGGCCUGUGCAAUUUUAAUUAUAUUUGAUCAUCUGUAUCAAGGAAAAUAAAUAAAAAAGUAAAUGGUA